CCGAGGAUGCGAUGACUUUCUCAUUUCAAAAUCUACACAGCCCACAAACUCCAGAUGAGAUAGAAGAACCAGAGAGAGAGAUAUGGCAACACUCCCCAUUGUAGCUGUAGUAGCAGUAACAAAACCCUCUCAGAUCCUUCAAAAACCUCUCUAUCUCCGCACCUUCAAAGCAAAUGCAUCUCUUUCUUCUUCUUCUUCUAAUACAGACUCCAAGGCACCGCUCGAAUCGAUUUCUGUAACCAAAAGGAGACUUUUCGAAUUGGGUGUUCGCAUUUUCGCUGCUUCAGUGCUGGUUUCAGCCCCUUUGGAUGCUAACGCUACGAGAAUCGAGUACUACGCAACUGUUGGAGAGCCUUCUUGCGACCUCAAUUUCAUCCGCUCGGGGCUCGGUUACUGCGACGUUGCAGUCGGGACUGGCGUCGAGCCGCCCUUCGGAGAGCUCAUCAAUAUUCACUACACUGCAAGGUUUGCUGAUGGAACAGUCUUUGACAGCAGCUAUAAACGUGCAAGACCACUCACUAUGCGUAUUGGCGUUGGCAAGGUCAUAAGAGGACUGGAUCAGGGGAUUUUCGGUGGUGGUGGUGUACCACCAAUGCUCGUUGGUGGAAAACGUAAACUUCAUAUACCUCCAGAGUUAGCAUACGGGCCUGAACCAGCAGGAUGCUUUUCAGGUGACUGCAACAUACCCGCUAAUGCAACUCUCCUCUAUGACAUUCUUUUCGUUGGAAUUUACAAGUGAAGAUCCAACAAGAUGGGAGAGAAUUUACGGCAUUGGGUGAGAUGAGAAGGCCACUUAGGUGUGAUGGUAAGCUUCUUUUGCUGUGGUUCUUUUAUCUUGAAAUUCAACUUUACCCUCUAUUUCGUUAACGGUGUGGGGUACUAAGAAGCAUUAAUCUGACCUGAUAUAUGAUGCCAAUGGUAAAGGUUUAGAGUAGAAGGAAUGAAGAUUGAUCAUGGACCUAUGAAAUAGCAGUUGAACAUCUGGUGCUUGAGAUUGGUGGAUCAAUUUGUAGUAUGGAAUUUCACAAUGUUGUGCUCAAUUCAAUUAGAUGAACAGCCGUGCAACCGACGCAUAGAGAGAUAUCAGGUGCCAACAAGCUCAGUGGGUUGCGGUCUGGAUCAGUGUCGAUCUCAGAGACCUCGAUCCUGAUCACUUCAAAUCCGACGAUGGUUGUUGUUUUGCAUAAUUCAUGCACCAUGUAGGUGUUGAAACCACAUAUAAAAUGUAUUGCAGAAUGCUAUUGGUAUAAAAUUCUUUUGGUCUGUUUCUGACAA